UGUUUCGUUUCGUUUGACAGGUUUUCGGUUUCCAAUCGGCCAAAGUCGCGCGUUGAGAGGCCUGCCUAAAUUCGCCGGGAGCGCCGCCUGGCGAGGAAUGUGGCAAGCGGUUCUUUUUAUUUCUCGCGUACGGACACAAGUGGAGAGUGUACUAAUUUAUCGGAGAUAAUCACGGAGAGAUACUGGGCUUUGGUGUUAUCGCAGUUUCGAAACGAACGGGCGCACGGAAUAAUCUACGUCAAAUGAGCCGAACUUUGCGAAAAUGAGCUCGCUACAGCCAGGAAACAGAUUCCUCCCAUUCCCGACUAACAAUCUGCAAAGGAAACAACUGUCCAUGCAAGGUGGUCUUCCUCAAAGCUUGAGCGGUAGCGAGACAGAUGUUUCCACAUCCAAUGAGAAUCUAAGCAAUGAAGAGAGAUACGUCAUCAGGCACAUGGCGCGACAAGAGCCGCAGGGUCAGGAGAAUCAGCAGCAGAGUCCCUCUAGGUCUUCCAGUCACAAGGAAAAUAUACCAAAUAUUCAGGGCAAUCUGCAUAACAGGAACAGUUUGAAAGACAGCUUAAAUGGAUCAAAUAGAAACAGCCUAAAGGAAAGUUUAAAUGGCUCGAAUCGGAACAGCCUGAAGGACAGCAUCAAUGGCUCAAAUCGAAACAGUUUAAAGGACAAUUUGAGCAAUCGUAGCGUAGGUUCGAAUAGAAGCAGUUUGGAUGUAUCAACGAGUUCUUACAACACAUUGAUCAUACAUAACGCCAAUGACGAUAACUCAUGGAUACCGUCCGGAAGAUUAUCGGGCGUGGUGAGAGAACACGCAGACGUGGGCUAUUUGUAUUGCGAUGGCAAUGGCAAGGGCCACACCAACAGUCCUACGAUGCAAUCUCUGUCCAACUUAUCGCACGAGGAUUACGUUAACGAACAAUCUGGUGGCAGUAGUUGUCAGGAAAUUACAGAUAUCCCGGAUGAUUAUCUCAGUCAAUCUCAGGUUUUGAAACACCUCGCGAAAGAGGUAAAGGUGCCGCCAUACACCAAUAGUGGAGGCAGCUUAGAAAUGAGAUUGGGAGAGAUGAGAAUAAGAGAUGGCGACGGGGGAAAGCAGAGCGAUAAUGAAUACGAAAACAGGCUGCCGUGCUAUAUAUCUACCCUGAUACCGUUCAACAAGCAAAAAUUUCUCGGGCCGACGGAGAAGUUGACUAUAUCGCGAUCGCAGCCCGAUCUGUCCAAAGUUCUCAGGGAGGAAUUGUAUCUCACUCGAAUGAGAUCACCCCGACCACAGACAAAGGGACGGGAAGAAGUAGAAAGGGAGACGACCGAGAUAUGGCCACCAUCGGAAAUGGUUCAGAUAAUAAUUCAGGAGAAUAGCGCGUUGAAGCUAGAAUUGGAGCGCUGCUACAAUAAAGUUUCCAAGUCGCAAAAGUUGGAGCAAGAGAUAGCCAAGGUUCAUCGCGCUCAUGAAGAACUGGCAGCUUCGUGCGAGCGACGGGAGAAGCUGGAACGCGCCGCCCGACUGAGAUUGCAGAACGAUUGUCGUCGAUUGACCGAGCUGAAUCGCGCCUUGAGAGACCAACUCGACUUGCUGUCCGCGCGUACAGACAGUCCACCGAUCGUCGAAACUAUGCGAAAAGAGCUAACGCAACGCGAAUUACUCAUUGGGCAGCUCAUCACUCAAAACAAAGAAUUAACCGCUGCGAAGGAAAGACAAGAGAUCGAACUGGCCGCUCAGCGAGCUACUUUGCAAGAGCAACGUACGCACAUUGACAUUCUGGACACCGCCUUGACUAAUGCACAAGGCAAUGUCGUACGGCUCGAGGAAGAAUGUCGUAAGAAGCAAAUGUACGUGGAGAGAGUCGGUCAGCUUCAACGAGCUUUGUCUUCGCUUCAAGCGUCUAGCGAUAGACGAGAAGAGACAGAAAGACAAUUGAGAGGUCAGCUGGAGAGAGAGUUGCGCGAGGGAAGCGGAGGUGGUGGUGGAGGUAAUGGCAACGAGCAGACGUCGAAUGGCGAGACCAUCGCGGAUCUGAAACGACGGUUGCGCGAGCGGGACGAGAAGAUCAUGUCUCUCGAAGGAGACGUGGCCAAAUGGGAACAACGUUAUUUGGAGGAAAGCGCGCUGAGGCAAGCGGCCAUCGACGCAGCUAGUUUACCAAAAGACGCAAAGAUCGCCGCACUGGAAAAGACCAGUCAAGACGCGGAGAAAUUAAUAGCCGAGGCACGCUCUGAGAAGAUGAGACAUAUGGACGAGGUGCAUGCUGCGCAAAAGAAAUUGGCUGAUCUUGAAUCCAGAAUGAAAGAUUUGGAAUCGAAACUGGCCGAAAGGGACGCCAUGAUCAGAGUGUUGCAAAAACACACGUACGAUAAAGCGGACAGCAGUAGUAGUAGCGGUGUAGGCAGUUAUCCUGCCGCACACUCGUCGCACUCGAGUACGUCGGCGGAUCAUCACACCGCGCUGACAAGCACGCCAGAACUCGUGAGCAGCGUACUCGGUGGGGGUAGUGGUUACGGCAGCACCGGCUCCUACGGUGUCACAGACAGUUACAAAUAUAGAAAACAGGGCAGCUUUGAACAGACCAAUAAAAGCCUCGACGAUCAACUGAAAGAGUUAGACUCUCAAUUGCUUAGCAAGCGGGCACUUUGCUGUUUUCCAGGAUUCUCUAAUCCGGGCACUGCAUCGCGAAAAGGAAAAAUACCCAAGCCACUACUGGCGGGUGUAGAUAGCACAGGUACCUCGAGCACCGCCUCGAGCAAGAGCCGGCUGCUGGAUGAUUCGUCCGGUAGUGGCGACGUGGUAUCGCCGAGUAUAAUCGAAUUCGCGAACGCGGCGGCCAGAUUGAAGGGCACUAUCUCGCGGCUAUCGGACGGCGGUGGCAAACCAACCGAAGACAUGAUGCUGCUCGAGAAGCAGGGCAGGAGCUCGCAACGACAGCGAAUGACAUCGGAGGCCGGCGGUGAGCCGCGCCGCGCCGGGAGUCUACCACCCAGCUCGCUACCGCGACCGCCGAGGACGCUUAAAACGACCAGCAAUUCCCGCUAUUGUCGACUGAGCGACACGGAGACGCGCAAAAAGUCCGAUCCCGGACCAGGAAUGCUGGACGCGACGAACGGAACCGGCGCGAAGAGCGGCGUAAAGACGCGCGAUUCUUCCGGAAACUGCAGCAGCAUCGAGUACGGUAGAUUCGACACCGCUGCGAAGGUAGCGCGCAGCAAGAAGAAGAGCCCCGUGGAGAGCUUUAUGGUCAACAAUACGCUGAAGAAAUCAGCCGGCACGACAAGCAGCAGUGGUCACGAAUACGAGAGGUUGCAGGCGGACACGGGUGGCGGUCGCAAGAAAUCCUCGGCUGCCGGCAGUAAUAACUGCGUGUCGGAUUUCGCAGUGAAACCCAGGGAGAUUCAGAGCCGCUCCUUCAUACCGCCUCCGCCCCCGUCGUCAUCUCGUCCUCGUAUCGGCGAAUACGGUCGACUGAGUGACGGCGAGUCCUGCUCGGUAACUGCUCUCAAGGCAGGCGGCAACACUUUGAGGAAACAGACGGGAGCCUCUUCUCGCGGCCAGAGCACCGGCAGCAUCGUGAGCAGCAAGAGCGGCGGCCGCGAUUCCGGCGGAACCGCCAGCAGCGAGGCGUCGACGGCCUCCCUGCCGCCGACCAAGGCGAGGUCGAUACCGCGUCCCAACUAUCGUAUUCAAUUCUGAGCCCGCAUUUACGCGCCGUACGUUUUUUAGUCCGAGACAUCAGUCUUGAGAUAGAUAAGAUAGGAUCUUGAGAAGUCGAGAUGAUAAUACUUGUGUUUCAACCGGCGAUUUAACACGAUUUCAUUGCUGGAUCCUCGGUGGCAAUCGACAUAGCAUCCAUCACGUGAGAUUCCAAUCUCGCUCUGAAGUCGCAUAUCUGUGUUAUAUGAAUAGCGGCAUCAGAUGUGAGGUCUGGAUAGCUCAGUGAUUUAGAACAGUUGCCUGGAAAGGCUCGAUUCCCGAUCCAAUCACUUGCACCUCACAUAUUUUUUUAGUAUACGAAUAUUGUUUUCUAACAAUUAUUCGUUGGGCUGAAAAGUGUGAGAAUGCUCUCUUCACAGGAUAUGCGAUAUCGUUGCCACGGAUGGAUUCUGACGCUCGUUAAUUAAAUAAGCAUAUAGACACGCCCAAUCUUUUCCCUCACACCAUCCCUAUUUUUAUGUUCAACGAUUGAUUUAAUCGGAUCAGAAUUUUUAUAUAAAAAAACUAGUCGCUCUCUUACAUGCAUGAGUCUUGAAUUCUUCUUCUCUCUUCUUCACAUACGAUUUUUGACUGAAGAUUUAAAGAUAAGGAAAAUUUUAACGUAACGAGCGUAAAUACGGGCUCGAGAAUCGAUUCGAUAUCGAGCAAGUCUAAGUUUUCGCGAAGCGAGUUUCGAUCGACAAUCUCCAGUUUUCGUUAACUUUAUAACGUAAUCUGUGCAAGUUACAUAAGCCAAAUUAAGCAACCGAGUACGUCAUACGAAUCGUCAAAUGAAUAUCAAUGAAUGAGCGUCGAAAGAGCAUCAUUAUUAAUUAUUUUAACUUUCUUUUUAUAUCUAAAAUUUGUAUAAACUACUUUGUUAUAAUUAUUUAAAAAAAUUCUAACUUAUAAUUAAUAUAUAAUUUGAUAUAUUGUUUUUACAUUAUUUAUUAAAUAACACUACUUCAUUGAUAUUCGUUCAUAUAAUGCUCGUUUGAUUGAUUUGUCGCUUGUAAACGUAAGAUUGUAUUGUACGCGAUGCGAGAAAUCGGCCAUAACGAAAAGAAAGUGCCUAGAGUUGCGUCGCGCCAUUACGAUUACUAUUCAUUGUUUAGUAAGCCAAUAUCGUGCAAGCCAUAAGACGGAUACGAACGACACACGAGUUAUAAUUAACGAUGUAGCGAUGUAGUGUAUGACCUAGUCAUUACCAAAGUAACUCUCGGUAGAAUAGGAAAGAAGAAUUGUUUUCCUUAGUCGCAUCUCGCGAUCCGAUCACAGCGGCCUUAUUAACACAGGAUGGGAGGAAAGAUAUGUCAAAAGUGCCUUUUCUCGCGGAUCUCCAUGAAACAUUUUUGUUUAAACAGAGUAAAAGUUUCCGGUUUUUCUUUCUUGAAAAGAAGAGAAAGGGAUCCGUGGAUAGUUUAAUUUGAUCACAAACUAUCCAAGCUAGAAACACAACUCCCAAGCUCCUGAAUUGAUCUAGACUCCUCGACAAAGGAGGGGAGACUGAAUCGCGAACUUUCCUUUGCAAUCCUCGCAAUACGCGUAUUCGCGUAUUUCUUCCUUCUUUUUUUAUCAUCGUAGAGACGAUACUUCUUUUCGCAUAGCUUUACCAUAAUGUAAUAAUCUUCCCUCGAAAUCCGCGCGUAGAUUAUAUGUAGAUCCGUAAUAUAUCUCUUUUUACAAUAAUUGGUAACGAGAUCGAGAUAGUCUUUUCAUGCGUAAGAAAAAGAAAAAAAACGAAGCGAUAAACGUAAAACGCCAAAGUAUAAAAUUAUUAUGUGUGACUAUAUAUAUAAUUUUUUUUUAAAUUAUAAUUUACAUGUAAAGAUAUAUCACUUUACACUCUCGAAUUUUAUUCAUUUUUUAUCACACACACACAUAUAUAGCGUAUUAUAUUAUAUCUCUUAAUAUAAUUUACCGUAUUUAUUUGUGUGUUAUGUGUAGUCGUCUAAUAUGUAUGCGUGCGCGCUUAUAUAAUCCAUAGUCCGAUUGUUUUUCUCCCUUGAUAUGUAACGCGUAACACGGCGCAGCUAAACUGAACUUUCUUUCGAAAAUCUUGUAAUAUACAGAUAUAGGUGGAUAUUGUGAUUAGCGAAGCUAUAGAAUAAGGCUCUCUAAGAAUAAGCGUGCGAGAUGGGGUAACGUUUCCCGCGAAAGAGUACAAGGUUCGAAAUUCGCCGAAAGAGAUUCUUGAUAAAAGCGGCGAAAUUAACGUUAUCAGACGUUAAUACGAGACAGAAUUCCGCUGUUGAAUGAUGGUAAUAAUGAUGACCGUUGUAUUCCAAUCUUCUGAUUCAGGGAGGUGAACUGCUUCUCGACUUCGUUUCCAAUGUGUUUCCUACUUCCUGUCUCUCCCACGCGAGGAGAAACGGGCAAAGCGAUAUCGCGAGGUAGACGGAAUGCAUUAAUGUACUUUCCAUAUGCAAAAGAAUACCAAAUGCGACAUCACCAAAGAAAAGGCAUCCUACUACGGGCUGCGUAGCUAUAUUAUCUACGUGUCCACGUGUAAAAGCGAAAUGUGAAUCGUUCCUAUAAUAAUUUCACAUGUGAGGUGAAGCGAGAUUUUCGACUCGGACUUUUGUGAGAAACGAUACUCCUCCUCGAAUCUACGGCGAUGUUCGAACAGUAUCUCGCCGCUGGAUCCCCUCUUCUUUGCUCUCUAUUUUUGAUACGGCCGUUUGCUCCGCGACAAGCCGUGCUAUUUCUUUUCAUCGUGAAAUUAUGGGAGACUUCGCGCCUUAUUUAACGAACGAAGUCUAUGGUUUCGAUAGCUUUACUUAUUACUGCGCUGGUAUCAGUAGAAUCCGUAGAAUUUCCCGUGGCCUUAUCGAUUCCGUCGUUCAGAGAUUUGCGAGAAAGAAAGCACAUCCGUCGAUCGAUAUCUCUGCGGAUAUCGUGCUUUCGAAUAUUUUGUACUCGAAAGAACGCUGACAAUUUUGGUG